CCAAAAUACACUGACAUAUCAAUUUGUGACAGUCAGACUGGUUAAUGUAUUAAAAGAGGCCAGAGAGGUAAGGUAAAGCUCCAAGCCCCCAAACGUUGAUUGAAAUAAUGAGUAAUAGUCAGCUUCUUGUGAACGUGGACAACUGGAUAACGGCGAACCAGAAUGCCUUCUUGCCACCAGUGUGCAACAAGCUCAUGCACUUUUCCCAGUUAAUCAUUAUGUUUGUUGGAGGGCCAAACACCAGGAAGGAUUACCAUAUAGAAGAAGGGGAGGAGCUGUUCUACAUGGUGAGGGGUGACAUGUGCCUGAAGGUGAUUGAAAAUGGCAAGAGAAAGGAUGUACACAUCAAGGAAGGAGAGAUGUUUCUGCUGCCUGCUCGGAUACCCCACUCGCCUCAGAGACAGGCCGACACUAUGGGACUGGUGGUAGAGAGGAAACGGCUGCUGACUGAGACUGACUGCCUCAGGUAUUAUGUUGGCAACACAACUGACAUCCUGUUUGAGAGAUGGUUCUACUGCGAAAACCUUGGAACCCAACUGGUGCCGAUAAUCAAAGAGUUCAUGGCAUCAAAGCAGUGCAAGACAGGAAAACCUGAUCCAAAUGAAGUCUUCGGGGAACCGCCAUUCCAGCUGAACAGCAUGAACGUGAUGUCGCCCUUCUCCUUGAAGUCCUGGUUGGAAAAACAAAAGCCGUUCCUCGGCAAUGGCAGCAGCGUUAACAUAUUCGGAGCUCAGUUUGAGACACGGGUCACCGUGUAUGGACCUGGUUUUUCUGACACUUCCUCACCACAAACUGAUCUCUGGGUUUGGCAACUGGAGGGAUCGUCUCGCGUAACCAUGGACGAAAAGGAGUUUAAUCUGUCAGCUGGAGACAGUUUGCUCAUUCUUGAGUACACCCAGUACGAGUGGAAGCGGAAUGAGGACUCCGUAGCACUGGUUGUGGUUCAAAACCCGGAGCGUAAAAGACCUUGA